UGUUUGUUGUUGAGCUAUUUGAACAUGCCUUAUUAUCACGAAUCUCAAGAAUCGGGACCUGAUUCUAAAGUUGUCACAAUGUUACAAAAUAUCUUGAAAACCGAGAUCACGCUACUCAUCGAAAGCAGUUCGCCAUCAUUGCCCAUUGAAGAGAAAUCAUUUGACCAAUAUAUAAUUAAUGUUGAAGAAAUCAUUUUUGCUGGUAGUUAUUCUAUGAUUUACCUUGCAAAUCAUUGUGAUCAUUAUCAUUAUCCAUUAAUGGCUAGAAUAUUCGAACCGGCUUCUCAAAUUGAUCCACAUAAAUGUAAAUUUCUACGAUUAUUAAAACAUUUAGGUAAACGUAACCCAUGGCUAAUAUCUACAUGGGGUAUUUACUAUGAUACAAAUCAUCGUAUUGCCUUGUUUCAAGAGUUUGCCAUUCAUGGAAACUUGUUGGAAUAUGUUCGUAGUAGUAAUCUUUAUGUACCAGAAUUACAAUUGAUCGGAUGGGCACAAAAUAUUUACAAUGGAAUGGAUUUUUUGGGGUCGAUUGGAUUGUGUCAUCGAAGUAUUUCUCCAAAACAUAUUUUAUUAACAGGAGAUCCAGAUGGUGAUAAAAUCAUCGCUAAAUUGGGUAGUUUUCGCGAUACAAUUAUUUAUCAUGAUAUUCAAACACAAACUACUUUACAUCAACGUUGUCGACCAUUGUGCAGGCGAUUCGAAGCAAAUUUUCAUGCACCUGAAACUUAUGGAACCGACAGUGAAGAAUUCAAUCCAAUUUCAGCUGAUGUUUGGUCAUAUGGAGCGACAUUAUUCUAUGCAGGUACAAGAACUUACCCAUACAAUUACAAAAGACCAUCCAAAGAACUAGAUUCAGAGAUAAGGACAAUGAUACAAUCGAGAAUAAAUUUAUCCGCCGAAGCUAAACAAUGGUUUUAUGGCUUGUUACGCACUGAUGUAACCAAACGAACACCAUUUGAUCGAAUCGAAAAGGACAAAUGGUUUCGAAUUCAGGUUGAAUAAAUUAAA